CGCACCAGUCGUUAUGUUGACAGUUUUCCUCACCAGCUGACUGAUAGCCGCCGUUAAACUUCGCCGACAGUUCCAACGCCGUCAUGUCGCUCCGCAUUUCCGUCAGCUGCCGUGAGAGCGAAGAAGCCGGGAAGCUCCCAGCGAGCGUUUCUUCUUGAACCGGAGACGGAGCGAAGCUAACGGGUUAGCCACUAGCCGAUGUCAGUUCAAACAGAUGGAGGGAAUGCUCUACAAAUGGACGAAUUACAUGACAGGCUGGCAGCCUCGCUGGUUUGUGUUGGAGAAUGGAGUCAUCUCGUACUACGAUAGCGAGGAUGAUGUUGGCAAAGGAAGCAAGGGAUCCAUCAAGAUGUCGGUGUGCGAUAUCAAAGUUCAUCCCAGCGACCUGACUCGUCUGGAGCUGAUCAUCCCCGGGGAGCAGCACUUCUACGUCCGGGCGGUGAACGCCGCGGAGCGGCAGCGCUGGCUGGUGGCGUUAGGAUCAUCCAAGGCCGGGACACUGGACGCUCACAAGAACAGCAAAGGUCCAGACUGUCUGAAGACCAAGAUGUCUGAGCUCCGUCUGUACUGUGACCUCCUGGUCCAGCAGGUCCACACCAUUCAAUCACAGCACUCGGCUGACGCAGACGCCCCGCCCAAAUCUGAGGCCUCGCUGCUCAGUGCCACCUGCUCCACCUUCAUCAGGACUCUGGAGGAGUGUAUGACCCUGGCCAACCACAGUCUGACCCCUGAACUGCGACCUCCUGAACGGAUGAAGAGGUCCAUCAGUCACCCCGGGACCUGCAGCCUCGACAGGGUCAGACACACCCUUAUGGUUUUCACUGUGGAAGAAACAUGGAAACUCUACAUAUGCAGGUCAGGUGUCCCCAAGGAGUGCGUGAGCAAAGGUCAAAGGUCGACUCAGCGCAGGAACCGGACAUGCUCCGACAGCUCUGUAUACGACGCUGAACGAGUUCUGUCCAGCCUCAACGGAGAAUCGUCCUCCAUUCCUGAGGAGCGAGGAGGAGGUGGCGCCAGCUCCAAGACCACGCCCACCGACACAGACACCGACUUGUCCAUAUGAAGGACUCUGGCGGAUCUGAGCCGCACGAGCUUUCUCCUCUUCUGCUCUGAAGUCCGCUGGGAGCCAUUGAAUGUUGUGGUGUUAGAGAAGUUGGGUUCACACUGGAGAGUCUGCAGAGAGGACCCGACACCUCCCACUACUCCACCUGUCAGAACAAACACAUCCUUUCUGGACUGUGAGAGCCCAUCCCUCACACUAGUCCACUGGGUCUCAGUCGGAUCAGAUCCCUCACUCAAGUCUAGUAGGUCUAGUAGAUCUACUCAGCUUGGACCAGAUUUCUUCCCAGUCCAGUGGAUCUAGUUGAUCUUCUCAGAGAAUCAGAUUAUUGUAUCUGACCUGUGAAUCGAUGUUUCAAUACUUGAGAGGCAGAGCUGCUUUAAGCUCACUGAAUGUAGAGGGAGCUCAAUUUUUUACUUUUUAAAACACCCCCCCCACCCCCCCCCCCCCCACCCCCCCAGUUCGGAUGGUUUUGCUGGUUCAGACAAUUCUGCUGUUUUUGUUGGUUUCGUUGGUUCAGAGUUCCAUUGGUUCAGAUGGUUUCGUUGGUUCCGGUGGUUCAGAUGGUUUUGUUGACUUAGAUGAAGGUCUGGAUGUGGGCCUAGUAAUGGUCUUUAGUGAGUCCGGACCCUGAACUAAAGCUUCAUGUUCUGGUUCCGUCCUCGUUGCAUGAACAUUAUUGUGGUGUAAACUAUGAAACACCUGUAAUCUGAUGCUCAUCGCUAACAGAACCACAGUGUGACGAUUCAGCUUCAGAGGAACCGUUUCAGCUUCCACCCUGCGAGCCUGAGGCUUCCUUCACACCACAACAGUCCUCAGCAAUUGAAAACAAGUCCAUCUCCAUGGCAAUGGGGAGAAACCAAGGAACGUUUUCAAAAUGCUGCUACCGCUACUGCUGCUGCUUCCGCUACCUCUACUGCUACUGCUGCUGCUGCUACCACUCCUGCUACUGCUACUACUACUGCUGCUAACAUUACCGCUACUGAUGCUACU